AUGCUGCAGAUUGGGGAAGACGUGGACUAUCUGCUCAUCCCCCGCGAGGUCCGGCUGGCCGGAGGCGUCUGGAGGGUCAUCUCCAAGCCGGCCACCAAGGAGGCGGAAUUUCGGGAACGGCUGAUCCAGUUUCUGGAAGAAGAAGGCCGCACCCUGGAGGACGUGGCCCGCAUCAUCGAGAAGAGCACCCCGCAUCCACCCCAGCCCCCCAGAAAGCCUAAGGAGCCCCGAGUGAGGAGGAGAGUCCAGCAGAUGGUGACCCCACCCCCGCGGCUGGUCGUGGGCACUUAUGACAGCAGUAACGCCAGUGACAGCGAGUUCAGCGACUUCGAGACUUCCAGGAACAAGGCUGACAAGGGCCACAAAGGCGCCGGCAGUGGCAGGAAGGUGCGCAAAAUGCCCGUCAGUUACCUGGGCAGCAAGUUCCUCGGGAGCGACCUGGAGAGCGAGGAUGAUGAGGAACUGGUGGAGGCCUUCCUCCGGCGAGGGGAGAAGAAAGCCAGCGCGCCGCCUCCCCGCCGACGGGUGAACCUGCCCGUGCCCAUGUUUGACGACAGCCCGGGACCCCAGCAGUCCAAAGCGGACAGGUGGCGGGAGUGUGUCAGCCAGGUGUCCUGGGGGAAGCUGAAGCGGAGGGUGAAGGGCUGGGCACCGAAGUCCAGCCCCGGGGUGGGCGAGGCCAGGCAGGUCUCUACCAGGAUGGAGAGGGACAGCGCAUCGGUGCCAGGCAGCGCCAGCCUGGGGUGUAACGUGGGAAAUGCACGAGAUGGGCGGGUGCCUGAGACCCCUCCAAGGCGAUGGAGGCCCCAGAUCAACUGGGCUUCCUUCAGACGUCGCAGGAGGGAGGAAACAGCAUCCAGAGCUCAGGGGGGAGAGGCUGCAGAUGAGCAGAGGGUGGAGGCUGUAAAUAAUCAGAGGGCGGAAGCCAUAGAUAAUCAGAGGGUGGAGGCUGUAGGUAAUCAGAGGGGGGAGGCAGUAGAUAAUCAGAGAGCAGGGCCCAUAGCUGUCCAGGAGGCCGAGGCUGUGGAUAAUCAGAGAGCAGAUGCCCUGGCUGUCCCGGGAGCAGAGGCCAUACCUGUCCAAGGGGUAGAGGCCCUGGACAAUCAGAGGGCAGAGGCCCCGGCUGACCGGAGGGCAGAAGCUGCGGAGGAUCCGAGGGCAGAGGUCCCGGUUGUCCAGGGAGCAGAGGCCAGACCUGAUGGGGUAGAAGCUGGAUCAGUCCAGAGGGCAGAAGCUGCCUGUAAUCAGAGGGCCGAGACCCCGGCUGUCCAGGAGGCUGAAUCCUCAGCUGCCGGAAGGGCCACAGGGGCCACCGCAGGAGCUCGAACCCGGAAACCGGUCAAGACAGUGAGGUUCCAGACCCCUGGACGUUUUUCAUGGUUUCGGAAGCGCCAGAGAGCCUUCUGGCACACUCCCCGGUUGCCCACGCUACCCAAGAGAGUCCCCAGGGCAGGCGAAGCCAGGAGCCUCAGGGUCCUGCGGGCCGAGGCCAGAGCAGAGGCAGAGCAUGAAGAGCAAGAGGACCAGCUGUGA